CCGUUCCUCAGCAACAGCGAAGGUCAUCUAAACCAGCACGUCGGCGACGGCGGCGGCGCAAGAACGAGUCGUACGUGUGCUUCGCCGGCAAUGGAGGUCCACGGCGCGGCGAGCAGGGAGCAGCAGCAGCACGACGGCGGCGGCGGCGGGGUGAAGGUGAAGUUCAUCGAGACGCAGUUCGUCAGCUCCGACGCGGCCAGCUUCAAGGCCGUCGUGCAGCGGCUCACGGGCCAGUCCGCGCCCUCGCCUUCGGCGCCGGCGACCUCGGCGAGGCCGAGCAGGCCGCGCGCGCGCGCCGCGGUCACGGCUUGCCCGGCGGCCGCCGUGGGGUGGGCGGGCGGCUACGGCGGCGGCAGCGGCCUGAUGACGAUGGCCGCGCCGGUGAAGCAGGAGGCGGCGGCGCCGCCUCCCAACCUUGAGGAUCUCCACGAGCUCCGCGACUUCUCCGACCUGUUCUACCCGACCAGCGCCGGCGGCGGCGGGCGGCGCGUCGACGGCGGUGGCUACGGCUACCCGUACUACUGAUCGAGUCGUGCUGGCGCGUACAGCGCAUCUUUGAUUUUCUCUUUUCUUUUUUGUUGGUUUUAGCAGUCGUGCCGUGAUUGCCAGUCGCCAUUGUUGUGCCGAUCAACCUGGACGGAGCUCCUCUGAUGUAGAGUCAGAAGGAGGUGGGUCACUGACCGGUGGGGCUCACCUUCAUAGGCCCAUACGUCAUUGACCAUGUUCCUCUAACUUUACGUCAGAGGAGCCUCUUCUGAUCAACAUUAGGAUGUCUGCUGGAAUACUAGUAUAUGUAUAUCAUAGGCUAUAACUACGUGAUCUGUUCAUCUCUACAUCUCAAACACAUUGCGUGUUCUUCAAACUUCACAGAAAUGGAGAAUGGAUGAUACAGAAACUGAUUUUACUCA